GUGAUGAGUGUAAGCCUAGGUCUUGUCUUUGAAAGAAAAAAAAAUUCUAACUAUGGAAAUGUCUUGAUAUUUAUUGAUAAAAUAUUUCAAUCUUGAACGUGAAAACGUCAUGUCAUCGCAGUUUGUGUUAGAUAAAAAUCCGCGUUUAUCUCGCUCGCAACAAAGUCAACGGACAAGAAAACAUGAAAAAAAUGCUUCGGCUGAACGGGAACAGAAAAAAACGUCAAGGCUACAAGCUCUAGGUCCUGGUGCUGGCGAAUCUAUUAAAGAAAAGCAACAAAAAGUUCGAGAAGAAAAAGAGGCAAAACGAUCUUUGCUUGAUCAACGACAUGACUACAUUUUGCAAUGUCUUGCAGACUGUUUGAAUUUAUCUGUGGAUGAUGUUACUGAAUACUUGCUUGAAGGAACACAGAUAGAAGAUCUUGAACAAUUCUUCAUUCAAAAUGGAAGAAGACAAAUUAUAUUCUAUUAUCAACAAACAGAGUCUUUGAAUGAACCAGUGGAACAAAUUCGUCUUGGUCCUGGAGGAGCACAAAAGGUUCCAAUAAAACCAUCAAAACCAAAGCUCUUUCUGACAGAUGGAGCCGAGGAUCCACUUCAUGGAAUAUGUGUUUUUUUCAUACGAUGUAACAUGAACAAGACCAUUACUAAUGCAAACAUUUAUAAUGAAGUAAGUUUUGGUUUUCUUGACACACGUGACACUGGACUUCUUCAUGCUUCAGAGCGUCUUCUCUCAGAUAUAUUUCUUCCCGCUCUUUCUAAAACAUCCACGUGGGGAGAACUUUCAACUAAACAGGGUCAACAAAUACGUCAAGAAUUUAUGAAACAGCUGGAGAAUUUUAUUACUAUACUAGUUGGUGCACAGGAUAGCCUUAAUGACAGUGUUGUAUUAAAAAAAUGUGAGACAGUUAAUUUGGAUGCAAUGACCACCCCUACAGACUAUAUUAAUGCAGCCAAUUCAAGUGAUGUUCUUGCAAAAAUCGAAGAACUUGUUGCUGUUUGGAUGAGACAAAUUGAACAGGUGUUGGCAGAAAGCGAGCAGAUGCGGAAAGAAGCGGACAACGUUGGUCCGAAGGCCGAACUGGAUUAUUGGAAAAAACGAAUGGCAAAAUUCAACUCAUUAUUUGAUCAAAUAAAGGACGACUGUAAAGUUGUCCUUUGCAUUCUUCACGCUGCAAAGUCCAAACUAUUGAAGAGCUGGCGUGAGCUUGACAACAGAAUAACUGACUAUGCAAAUGAAGCUAAAGACAACGUCAAAUUUCUUUACACUUUGGAAAAGUUUUCAGAACCUCUAUACAAGAGCAAUCCAGUUACUAUGUUUGAAAGCAUUCCUGGUCUUAUUAAUGCCAUACGUAUGAUUAACUCAUAUUCACGUUAUUAUAACACUUCUGAAAGAAUGACUGCCUUAUUUGUCAAGAUCACCAACCAAAUGAUAACAGCUUGUAAACACUAUAUCACCGAACAUGGUUUAAAGACGAUUUGGGAUUAUCCACAAGAAGAAUUAAUCUCGAAACUUGAAGAUUGUAUCAAGUUGAACGAAUGUUAUCAGCAAAGUUUUCAACGUGCGAAGAAGAAACUUGAAGAGAAUCCCGAGGAGAAGCAAUUUGAGUUCAGUGAAAUGUAUAUUUUUGGAAAAAUUAACAGUUUUUCUGCGCGUUGUAAUAAAAUGAUCAACAUGAUGAAAACAAUUAAAUCUUUCUUGGUUUUGGAACAUUCAAAGAUUGAAGGCAUCGAGCAGUUAUGGAGUCGUUUUCAGUUGAUAUUAACGACACUUAAAAAGAAACCUUAUGAUAUGUUAGACUAUAGAAAAAUGGAGUUUGAUGUUGAUUACGAUGAGUUUCGUAGACAAAUACAAGAAUUGCAGACGCAACUUUAUAUUUUUAUCGAGACCUGCUAUAGUAGAGUUUCGUCAACGCAACAAGCUUUGCAGGUGGUGAAAAAAUUUGAAAGACUUAAUUUGGAAUGUCUUAAAGAUGCAAUUGCGGACAAAUAUCAUAAAAUUUUACUUCAUUUUGGUCGUGAAAUCGAAAACAUCCAAAAAAUCUAUCAAAGACUUCGUCACGAUCCGCCAAUUGCUCGGGAUCUUCCGCCAAUAUCCGGAAAAAUUAUGUGGUCACGUCAGAUGUUUCGUCGUAUUCAAGAACCUAUGGAACAUUUGAAACGAUACCCAGAGAUUUUACAGGCUGAGGAAAGUAAACGAAUAGUAAGGAACUAUAACAAGGUGGCAAAAGUUUUACUGGAAUUUGAAGUUCUUUAUCAUCAAGCAUGGAUGAAACAGGUGGACGUUAUAAAGACAGGACUGUCUUCUUCCCUUUUUGUACGUCAUCCAGAUACCAAGAAACUUUUCGUAAAUUUUGAUCCUGAAAUUUUAACGUUAAUCCGAGAAACUGAAUGCAUGGUUCGUCUUGGUUUGGACAUUCCGUACUCAGCGAGAUCUCUGCUGCAUAAACAAAACACUCUCAAGAAAAACUUUAACAAUUUACAACUGCUUUUAGUGGAAUACGAGCGAGUGGUGGAGAAAAUUCCGUCUUCUUUCAAACCUUUGAUGACUCCUCACUUAGCAAAACUUGAUGCAGCCAUCGAUCCUGGUCUCAAUAUGUUAAACUGGACGUCUUUAAACUUAGUGACGUAUAUUGAGACUGUAUACGAAGCAUUAGAAGAGCUUGAUCUUCUUCUUACUCGUGCCCAGGACUUAGUUACUUAUCGCAUCGACGGUGUACUAAAUGAGAUGAGUAGUAUCCCUUUAUGUGAACUACCCACGGAUAUAUCAUGGAGCGUGGAGGAAUUUUUGAAAAAUACAGAGGAUUUGUGCCGUGAAGGGGCGGGCACAUUGCAGACAAAAAGUGCUUUAGUUGAAGAAGCUGUUAAUGAACUGAUUGCAAUGUUAUUGAAAGUUAAUGGAGAUGAGGAACUUGAGGAGAUUGGAGACGAGGUUGAGUCCAUCAGACAAGGCAGUAGCAAAUCAAAGAAGAGCAUUGGCGGAGAUAUUGAGACGAUGCGACCAAAAUCAAAUAAGACUGGGACGAGCAGUCGAUUGGGAAGUGCAGUUAUCAGUCCUACAUCUGCAGCUUUGAAACGUAAACGUGAAAUGAAAGAUUACCUUUACGAAGAAGCACAAGAAUUACUUUCAUACUUUAAUCAUCGUAAUGUUGACGCUAUUGUACGUGUUACCAAGACAACACUAGAUGCAUUACGUAAGAGAGUGACAGUGACUUCUAGUCUUCACUAUUCUGAGACCGGUUUACAUGCUCGUGAAAUCAACAUUGUCCCUCUUUUUUUAUCACACAUGACCUUAUGUAUCCCUCAUAUCACUAUGCAACCUGCGUUAGAUGAGAUCCAACAAAUAUUAAACAAAGUUGCACAAAAAGUCAUUAAUGUAUCGCGAAGCAUUCCUCAAUGGCAGAAAACGUGUAAGAUUUUUAUGAAAUCAAAAAUAUCUGAUGAAGAAGAGGACAUUUUUCGUAGUCGUAGUGUAAGUAACGCGACGAGCAUUGAUGAAGACGCCCGCGAUCAUUUAAGGCGUGUGACAAAAAGUGAGACGGACUCCAGUGAAGUUAGCGGUCUUACAUCGUUCAUUAAGAUGGACAAUUAUUAUAAGCAAGUAUCGGAAAACAAAGAGAUCGCUAAACUUUGUUCCAUUCUCUCGACUUUGAUCAAUUCGACAAAGAAAGAAGUGACCACAGCGUUGGAAUAUUUUAAUAAUUACAACAGCGUUUGGAAGUUGAACCGUCAUGAAGAAUUAGAGAAGUUUUUACAAGAUGAUACAGGAUUAUCAGAGUUUGAAGCAAUAAUUUAUUUUUAUGAAGAUUUAGAGAAGAAAAUUAUUGAAGAACCUGAGACGUACAAUGUUGGAGCUGUUGCUUUAUACACAGAUAAAUUAAAGAUCUCUCUUUGCGCUGAAACCAAAGCUUGGCGUGUGGCGUAUGGAAAAUUAUGUAACACGAAAUAUCUUGAUGAAAUGGAAAUUAUAUUCUCGUCUGUCGAGGACUGGGUCAAGCGUUUAAAUCGACCAAUCAAAGAUCUCGACGAUAUCCGCCUGGCAAUGGGUACUUUGAAAGAAAUACGAGAAAAAGAGAUUGGUAUCGACAUGAUGAUUGGUCCGAUUGAGGAAUCCUACGCGAUGUUAAGUCGUCAUGAAGUACUGGUAGCAAGAGAAGAAUCGGAGAGAGUUGAUACAUUGAGAUAUUCGUGGGAAAAAUUACAAACUUUGGCCUCCGAAUCACAGGGUGCAUUGAUCAAAAUACAACCUAACUUUAAAAAUGAUUUACUGGAGUCAGUUGAAACAUUUAUAGUUGAUGUUGACGUUUUCUCUGAAGAUUAUCAAAAUAUGGGUCCCAUGGUAACUGGUGUGGCGCCAAGUGAAGCUAGUGAUCGACUCAUAAUAUUUCAGAAUCGUUUCGAUGCAUUAUGGCGUAAGUACAUCACGUAUUCUGGAGGUGAAGAAUUGUUUGGUCUCGCUGUUACGGAGUAUCCGGGGCUCAUGAAAAUAAAGCGUGAACUAAAUUUACUUCAGAAACUUUAUGGAUUGUAUAAUGACGUGAUCGACACCGUAAAUGGUUACUAUGACAUGAUGUGGACUGACGUGGACAUUGAGAAGAUAAACCAAGAGUUGUUAGACUUUCAGAACAGAUGCCGUAAAUUGCCACGUGCUCUCAAAGAUUGGCAAGCAUUUGAAGAUCUCAGAAAGACAAUAGAUGACUUUAACGAGAGUUGUCCUUUGUUGGAAUUAAUGGCUAACAAAGCGAUGAAGUUACGUCACUGGGAUCGCAUAGCUCAGUUAACUGGACACACGUUUGAUGUAGAGUCGGAAACGUUUGCUUUAAGGAAUAUCAUGGAAGCACCACUUUUAAAAUAUAAGGAAGACAUUGAGGAUAUCUGUAUAGCAGCAACAAAAGAGAAAGAUAUUGAAGCGAAAUUGAAAGGUGUCAUUGCUGACUGGAAUCUUCGUGAAUUUUCAUUUUCCAACUUUAAGAACCGCGGAGAACUUUUAUUGCGUGGUGAUAACACAUCUGAAAUUAUUUCUCUCAUGGAAGAUAGUCUCAUGGUCUUAGGAUCUCUAAUGAGUAAUAGGUAUAAUGCUCCAUUUAAAAAGUCCAUUCAGGAUUGGGUGCAGAAAUUAUCCAACACCACUGAUAUCAUAGAGAACUGGAUGACGGUACAAAAUCUCUGGAUAUACCUAGAGGCAGUGUUUGUUGGUGGUGACAUAGCUAAACAAUUACCAAAAGAGGCAAAACGUUUUCAAAACAUCGAUAAACAAUGGGUUAAGAUCAUGACGCGAGCACAUGAAACAAUGAAUGUUGUACAUUGUUGUACCAAUGAUGAAACAUUAGGUCAACUUUUACCGCAUUUACUGGAGCAACUUGAACUAUGUCAGAAAUCUUUGACUGGGUAUUUGGAAAAAAAGCGAUUGGUAUUUCCCCGUUUCUUUUUUGUCUCCGAUCCCGCUUUACUUGAAAUUUUAGGUCAGGCCAGUGAUUCCCAUACAAUCCAGGCGCAUUUAUCAAGUGUAUUUGACAACAUAAAACAUGUAAAGUUUCAUGAAAAAGAUUACGACAGAAUCUUGUCCAUCAUAUCACGUGAAGGCGAAACUAUUGACUUAGAGAAGCCCGUGAUGGCUCAAGGUAAUGUGGAACUUUGGCUUGGAUCUCUCAUGAAUGUGUCCCAAAAGUCUUUGCAUAACGUCAUCAGACAGGCACACUUUGCUAUUGGUGAUCCAAACUUUCAACUGUUGGAUUUCCUCAACACGUUUCCCGCUCAGGUUGGUUUGCUGGGCAUUCAAAUGAUCUGGACACGUGACUCGACCGAGGCCCUCACGACCGCGAAGUACGACAAAAAAGUUAUGUCGCAAACGAAUCAAGCUUUUUUGGAUCUUCUCAACGUUUUAGUAGAGCAGACAACGCGUGAAUUGACGAAAGUUGAGAGAACAAAAUAUGAAACAUUGAUUACAAUUCACGUUCAUCAAAGGGAUAUCUUUGACGAGCUGUGUCGUUUGCACAUCAAAAGUGCCUCAGAUUUUGAAUGGUUAAAACAGAUAAGAUUUUACUUCAGCGAAGACACGAACAAAUGUCUUGUCUCUAUCACAGACGUAGACUUCGUUUAUCAAAACGAAUUUAUCGGUUGUACAGAGAGACUAGUGAUCACACCGCUGACAGACAGAUGCUAUAUCACCUUGGCUCAAGCUCUUCAUAUGUCCAUGGGUGGGGCUCCUGCUGGUCCAGCUGGAACAGGAAAAACUGAAACAACGAAAGAUAUGGGAAAAGCUUUAGGAAAGUAUGUCGUUGUAUUUAAUUGUUCUGACCAAUUGGACUAUAGGGGACUUGGGAGGAUAUUUAAAGGUCUUGCCCAAUCAGGAAGUUGGGGGUGUUUUGAUGAAUUCAACCGCAUUGAUUUGCCUGUUCUCUCUGUUGCCGCUCAACAAAUUUACAUUGUUUUAUCGUGUAAGAAAGAACGAAAGAAGGAAUUUAUUUUUUCCGAUGGCGAUGUUGUCACAAUGAAUCCGGAAUUUGGAAUAUUUCUCACAAUGAAUCCAGGUUAUGCUGGUAGACAGGAAUUACCCGAAAAUUUAAAAAUUCAGUUUCGUACCGUGGCCAUGAUGGUUCCUGAUCGUCAGAUUAUCAUUCGUGUUAAGCUUGCAAGUUGUGGUUUUGUCGAUAGUGUCGUUUUGGCGAGAAAAUUUUAUACUUUGUAUAAACUUUGUGAAGAACAGCUCUCAAAACAGGUCCACUAUGAUUUUGGUCUACGAAAUAUUUUGUCUGUUUUGAGAACUCUUGGUGCAGCAAAACGUGGAAGUCCUGGGGAGAGUGAAAAUACAACUGUCAUGCGCGUAUUACGUGACAUGAAUCUUUCAAAGUUGGUCGAUGAAGAUGAGCCAUUAUUCUUGAGUCUAAUCAACGAUCUUUUUCCUGGGAUUACGUUGGAUAAGGCAGGAUAUCCGGAGUUAGAGAUUGCUAUUGAGAAUCAAGCAGUAGAGUCCCAACUUAUCAAUCACCCAUCUUGGAGAUUGAAAUUAAUACAGUUAUUUGAAACACAGCGUGUACGUCACGGUAUGAUGGUCCUGGGUCCGAGUGGUGCGGGUAAAACCACCUGCAUCCAUACUCUAAUGAAAGCGAUGAGCGAGUGUGGAGCACCACAUCGUGAAAUGAGAAUGAAUCCAAAAGCAAUCACUGCUCCUCAAAUGUUUGGUCGAUUAGACGCAGCUACAAAUGAUUGGACAGAUGGAAUAUUUUCAACUUUAUGGAGGAAAACUCUUCGUACUAAGAAAGGAGAAAAAAUUUGGAUCGUACUUGAUGGCCCUGUCGACGCUAUUUGGAUUGAAAAUUUGAACAGCGUUCUUGAUGAUAAUAAAACAUUAACACUUGCAAAUGGCGAUCGCAUUCCUAUGUCACCCCAAUGUAAGAUCAUAUUUGAACCUCAUAAUAUUGAUAAUGCAUCGCCAGCAACUGUCUCUAGGAAUGGUAUGGUUUAUAUGAGUUCAUCUGGUUUGGAUUGGAGACCAAUUCUUCAAGGUUGGCUUAAUAAACGACCUGAAAACGAGGCUGUAACCAUCAAAACAUUCUUUGAUCAAUCAUUUCAAGAAAUUCUCAAUUUUGCCAAUCAAAGUCUCGUUAUGAAAAUGACUGUACUUGAGUGUAAUCACAUUGCACAGGCCUGUAACUUACUGCAAGGUUUGAUUGCGAACAAAGACGAAAACAACGAAAGCGGUCCCAUUAGUGCCAAGCAUUUAGAAAGACUUUAUGUUUUUACUAUAAUGUGGAGUGUUGGAGCUUUGCUUGAACUGGACGAUCGAUAUAAGUUGGAGUUAUUUUUGAGGGAAAAUUUUGACUUGGAUAUUCCAUCAACAGAAUCCCAGCAAACCAUGUUCGAGUUCUACGUUAAUGAUAUAGGUGAUUGGGAACAUUGGGAGAAGCGUGUUGAAGAAUAUAUAUAUCCUAAGACCCACACACCUGAUUAUUUAUCAAUAUUAGUGCCCAAUGUCGACAAUGUUAGGACUGAUUUUCUUAUCAAAACUAUUGCAAAACAAGGAAAGGCUGCUUUAUUGAUUGGUGAACAAGGAACUGCAAAAACAAUCAUGAUUAAAGGAUUCAUGUCAAAAUACGACCCAGAAAUUCAUUUACAAAAAUCGUUGAACUUUUCUUCAGCUUCCACACCACUUCUCUAUCAGAGAACGAUAGAGAGUUAUGUUGAUAAACGAAUGGGGAACACAUUUGGUCCUCCUGCGGGAAAGAAGAUGACCGUAUUUAUUGAUGAUGUUAAUAUGCCGAUUAUUAAUGAAUGGGGCGAUCAGGUUACGAAUGAGAUUGUGCGCCAACUCAUGGAGAUGGAAGGAUUUUAUAAUCUCGAAAAACCUGGAGAUUUUACACAUAUUGUUGAUAUUCAAUUUUUGGCCGCGAUGAUUCAUCCUGGAGGCGGACGUAAUGACAUUCCAAGUCGUCUUAAACGACAGUUCAGUAUAUUUAACUGUACUUUACCAAGCAAUACAUCUAUUGAUAAAAUAUUUGGAGUGAUAGCCUCCGGUCAUUUCUGUAAGGAAAGAGGUUUUUCUGAAGUGGUUCGUGAACUGUCUAAAAGACUGGUACCUUUGACUCGAACACUAUGGCAAAUGACCAAGGUUAAAAUGUUGCCGACCCCAGCAAAGUUUCAUUAUAUUUUUAAUCUUCGUGAUCUCUCUCGUAUAUGGCAGGGAAUGUUGAACACCCUGUCUGAUGUCAUCACAGAUGAGCGUUCUUUAAUGUUGUUAUGGAAACACGAGUGUCAUCGUGUGAUUGCCGAUCGUUUUACGAAUCAACAAGACAAGGAUUGGUUUGAGAAAAGUAUAAUAAAAGUUGUAGGCGAAGAACUUGAUGAGCAGUUUCAAUGUCAUGUUGAAGAGACGCCUUAUUUUGUUGACUUUCUCAGAGAUGCGCCCGAGGCGACUGGUGACGAGCCUGAAGAUGCAGAUUUUGAAACACCAAAAGUUUAUGAAACUAUUCCUUCAUUUGAGCAGUUCGAGCAGCGCUUAUUGAUGUACUUAAGUUUAUAUAACGAGAGUAUUCGAGGUGCUGGAAUGGAUUUGGUUUUCUUUACUGACGCUAUGGUGAAUUUAAUAAAAAUAUCUCGUAUCAUUGGUAUGCCACGUGGUAAUGCUCUGUUAGUGGGUGUUGGUGGUUCUGGAAAACAGAGUUUGACAAAAUUAGCCUCAUUCAUUGCUGGAUAUAAAAUAUUUCAAAUCACAUUAACAAGGUCAUACAAUCAAUCAAACCUGAUGGAAGACUUGAAAUUUUUGUACCGUACCGCUGGUCAGAUGGGUCAAGGUAUCACUUUCAUUUUUACCGAUCAAGAAAUCAAGGAGGAAGCUUUCUUGGAGUAUUUAAACAAUGUUUUAUCGUCAGGAGAGGUUUCUAACCUUUUUGCUCGUGAUGAAAUUGAUGAAAUAUGUGGUGAACUAAUUCCUGUAAUGAAGAAAGAAUAUCCGAGGAGACCUCCGACCCCGGAGAAUCUUUACAACUAUUUUCUUACUCGUGCCAAACGUAAUUUACAUAUCGCUCUGUGUUUCUCGCCUGUUGGUGAAAAAUUUCGUAAUCGCUCUUUGAAAUUUCCUGGUUUGAUAAGUGGAUGUACAAUGGACUGGUUCAGCCGCUGGCCUAAGGACGCCCUGAUUGCUGUCGCAGAUCAUUUUCUGUCAGAAUUUGAUAUGGUUUGCACCACUGAUAUAAAGCGUGAAGUCGUUCAAAGUAUGGGAGUUUUUCAUGAUGGUGUUGCUCUCAGUUGUCAAGGAUACUUUGAAAGAUUUCGUCGUGCAACUCACGUGACUCCAAAAUCAUAUCUAUCGUUUAUCAACGGCUACAAGACCGUGUACUCUUUAAAAAGAAGUGAGAUUGGAGAACUUGGCUCUAGGAUGAAUACAGGGCUCGCUAAGUUGAUGGAAGCAAGUGAAUCUGUAGCUGAGUUGUCAAAACAACUUGCUGUAAAAGAAAAAGAGCUCGCUGUUGCUUCACAAAAAGCUGAUACGGUUUUGAAAGAAGUUACCGUUUCCGCUCAAGCCGCUGAAAAAGUGAAGGCUCAAGUACAAAAAGUAAAAGAUAAAGCUCAAGUUAUUGUUGAUGGAAUUGCUGCAGACAAGUCUGUUGCUGAAGGAAAAUUAGAGGCAGCAAAACCAGCGUUAGCUGAAGCUGAAGCAGCUUUACAGACUAUAAAAUCUCAACACAUUGCCACAGUCCGUCGCCUUGCCAACCCUCCUCAUUUGAUCAUGCGCAUUAUGGACUGCGUACUGAUCCUCUUUCGUAAAAGAGUGGAAACCGUCGUCUAUGAUCCUGAACGUAACUGCGCAAAACCUUCAUGGGGCGAGUCUUUAAAGUUGAUGAGCAGCGGUAAUUUACUGCAGUCUCUUAUGCAAUAUCCUAAAGAUAUCAUUAAUGAUGAAAUGGUUGAACUGCUCGCUCCAUAUCUUGAAAUGCAUGAUUAUAACAUUGAAACAGCAAGGAAAGUUUGUGGUGAUGUUGCUGGCCUGUGUUCUUGGACCAAAGCCAUGUCGUAUUUCUUUGGAAUAAAUAAAGAAGUCUUACCACUCAAGGCCAACUUAGCUGUACAAGAAGCUCGUCUUGCUGUCGCUAUGAAAGAUCUUAAUGAAGCCCAAGCUGAACUUGAUGCAAAACAGGCUGAGCUUGAUGAAGUACAGGCUCAAUAUGAAAAUGCUGUUCGAGAAAAACAGACAUUACUGGACGAUGCUGACUCGUGUCGACGUAAAAUGUUGGCUGCUUCGGCUCUUAUUGGAGGCCUGGGUGGUGAGAAAGAAAGGUGGACUCAACAGAGUAAAGAGUUUGAUUCCCAGAUUCUAAGAUUGGUAGGCGAUGUUUUAGUUGCCACAGGAUUUCUGUCGUAUGCAGGUCCAUUUAAUCAAGAAUAUCGUGAUGCUUUGUUGUCAUCUUGGCAAAAAGAAAUGAAAAUCAGAAAUAUUCCCAAUUCAAAAGAUCUUAAUGUUACGAGUAUUCUAGUUGAUAGUGCUACGGUCAGUGUGUGGAAUCUUCAAGGCUUACCGAAUGACGAACUUUCUGUUCAAAAUGGUAUUAUUGUAACCCAGGCCUCUCGCUACCCUCUACUCAUCGAUCCUCAAGGGCAGGGAAAAGCCUGGGUCAGAAAGAAAGAGCUGCAAAACAAUCUUCAGGUGACAUCUUUGAAUCAUAAAUAUUUUCGAAAUCAUCUUGAAGAUUGUUUGUCCCUUGGAAAACCUUUGCUUAUUGAAGAUGUUGGUGAAGAAUUGGAUCCGGCUUUAGAUAAUGUACUUGAGAAAAAUUUUAUCAAAUCUGGAAGUACAUACAAGGUAAAGGUUGGAGAUAAAGAAAUCGAUAUUAUGGAUGGUUUUACACUUUACAUAACAACCAAAAUGCCAAAUCCUUCAUACACUCCAGAGGUUAGCGCAAAGACAGCAAUCAUUGACUUCACUGUGACGAUGAAAGGUUUAGAAGAUCAAUUAUUGGGAAGAGUCAUUCUUACGGAGAAAGCGGAACUGGAGUCCGAGAGGACGAAGUUAUUGGAAGAUGUUUCUAUGAAUAAACGAAAAAUGAAAGAAUUAGAAGAUAAUUUGUUGUUCAGAUUAACUAGUACUAAGGGAUCGUUGGUUGACGACGAGUCUCUUAUUGAAGUCCUUAGUACAACAAAGACAACAGCUGAAGAUGUGAGCCAGAAGUUAGUGGUGGCAGCGGAUACAGAGAUUAAAAUAAAUAGUGCAAGAGAGGAAUUCCGACCAGUCGCUACUCGUGGGAGUAUUUUAUAUUUCUUGAUUGUUGAAAUGUCUAUGGUAAAUUGUAUGUAUCAAACAUCAUUGAAACAAUUUCUUGGACUUUUUGAUGUUGCUAUGGCGAGAUCCAGUUUUUCUCCUAUCACGUCAAAACGUAUAUCCAACAUCAUCGAUUAUUUGACACAUGGUGUAUUUUUGUAUUCUGUUCGUGGUCUCUACGAGAAAGACAAACUUCUUUUCACUUUACUUCUUGCACUCAAGAUCGACAUUCAAAACACAAGAAUUCGUCACAAUGAAUUUCUUACGUUGAUCAAAGGUGGUGCUGCUCUCGAUCUUAAAGCUGUUCAACCCAAGCCAUGUAAAUGGAUUACGGACAUGACGUGGUUGAAUCUUGUCGAGUUGGAAAAAUUACCACAGUUUGCUGACAUUUUGAAUCAGGUAUCACGCAAUGAAAAAUCUUGGAAAUCUUGGUUUGAUAAAGAUGCACCUGAAGCUGCUGAAAUACCUGAUGGAUAUCAUAAUUCACUUGACACCUUCCGACGAUUGCUUUUAAUACGAUCUUGGUGUCCUGACCGAACAUUAUCGCAGGCUCGUAAAUAUAUUGCUGAGUCCCUGGGCUCGAGUUACGCCGAGGGCGUUAUAUUGGAUCUCGAGAAAACCUGGGAGGAAUCAGAUGAACGCACGCCUUUAAUAUGUUUUCUUUCCAUGGGAUCUGAUCCUACGAACUCCAUCGAAUCUUUGUCAAAACGACAUAAAUUGGAAUUUCGUGCAAUAUCAAUGGGUCAAGGUCAAGAGGUUCAUGCUCGAAGAUUACUUAAUCAAUUCAUGCAAACAGGUGGAUGGGCUGCCUUACAAAACUGUCAUCUUGGUUUGAAUUUUUUGGAUGAGUUGAUUGACAUUGUUGUUGAGACCGAAUAUGUUCACCAUGAUUUCCGGUUGUGGAUCACGACUGAAGUUCAUCCCCAGUUUCCUAUCGGACUUCUUCAGAUGUCAAUAAAGUUCACAAAUGAACCUCCUCAAGGCCUUAAAGCUGGAUUGAAAAGAACUUAUAACGGAAUAUCUCAAGAUCAACUUGACGUAUGUAGUUUACCACAAUGGAAACCAAUGCUUUAUGCUGUUGCAUUUCUUCAUUCAACUGUUCAAGAACGUCGUAAAUACGGACCACUUGGUUGGAAUAUUCCGUAUGAGUUUAAUCAAGCGGACUUCACAUCUAGUGUUCAAUUUGUUCAAAAUCAUCUUGACGACAUGGAUUUAAAAAAAGGUGUUUCAUGGAACACAGUCAGAUACAUGUUAGGUGAAGUACAAUACGGUGGAAGGGUUACCGAUGAUUUCGAUAAAAGAUUAUUGAACACUUUUUGUAAGGUAUGGUUUACCGACGCCAUGUUCACUCCUGCUUUUAAUUUUUAUAAGAAAUAUACAAUCCCAAAAUGCACAUCGAUCGCACAUUAUAUUGAUCAUAUUGAUAGCUUAGCACUUGUAGAUACACCAGAGGUGUUUGGUCUUCAUCCAAAUGCAGAUAUUACUUAUCAAAGCAACGUCGCAAAAAAUUGCCUUGAUACAAUUUUGAGUAUACAACCAAAAGAUAGUUCGGGAGGAGCCGGUGAAACUCGGGAGUCCGUCGUAAACCGUUUGGCUGAUGACAUGUUAGAUAAACUCCCUUCAGAUUACAUACCUCACGAGGUAAAAAGUCGUCUUGAAAAAAUGGGUUCAUACGCGCCAAUGAACAUUUUUCUACGUCAAGAAUUGGACAGAAUGCAACGUGUCAUUCGAGUAGUUAGAGAUACACUUUGUGAUUUAAAACUUGCCAUAGAUGGCACAAUAAUCAUGAGUGAAAUUUUGCGCGAUACAUUGGAUUGCAUGUACGACUCAAGGAUUCCUAAACAUUGGCAAAAGAUCUCGUGGGACUCAUCUACUCUUGGUUUUUGGUACACGGAACUCCUUGAAAGAAAUGUUCAAUUUCAUAGUUGGAUUUUUGACGGUCGCCCUAAUGUCUUUUGGAUGACAGGAUUCUUUAAUCCUCAGGGAUUUUUGACAGCAAUGAGACAGGAAGUAACGCGGGCUCAUAAAGGCUGGGCACUAGAUUGUGUAGUCUUGCAAAAUGACGUCACAAAGUUUUACAAAGACGACAUAAGUCAACCUCCCAUGGAAGGUGUGUAUGUCUAUGGUUUGUACCUGGACGGUGCAGGCUGGGAUCGUAGAGGAGCUAAACUUAUUGAGCCUGCAGCCAAGGUUUUGUUUGCACCACUUCCGGUAAUCCUUAUUUACGCCAUCAAUUCAACGGCCGGUCGAGAUCCCCGGAUGUAUCAAUGUCCCAUUUAUAAGAAACCACGUCGCACUGAUCUUACAUAUAUUGCGGAUGUGGAACUGAGAACGAAUCAGAAUCCAGAUCAUUGGAUUCUUCGUGGUGUUGCUUUACUUUGUGAUAUUAAGUAAAGAUUUAAUCAUUAACUUUUUUUAAGAAUCAUGCUUCAACAUGCAUUGCGCAAAAGUACAUACACUGCCGUAAAACAAGUGAUUAUUAUUUACUGAAUGUAAGUAUUUUUUUAAAACAAUUGUACAGGAAUCAUGGCCCUUACUGCACACUCACACUACCGAAUGUAAAUUUUCACAAAAAUGAAAUGUUUUCUUGUGCACAAUUGAUGGCACUAGCUGCACAAAUAUACUACCGCGUAAGAAUGUCGAUAAAA